AUGAGUGCAGGCAGAGAGAUCUAUGGGGAUUUGAGCGAUGUCCCGACACAACGGCUGAAGGAGGUGAAGAGCGUCAUCAAAAGCAUCCGAGACCUUUGGCGCUCGGGCCGUGUAGGCAGUGUUAGCCAUCUGCGGGAAUGGAUAGACACCUUGCAGCGCCUCUCAGGGCUUUCACGCCAGGUUUGCUUGCAGCUUUGUGUGGCCAUGUCCCGCUGCCUGGCCGCUGAGCGCAAGGACGAGAAGCCGUCUCGUGUGGAUUUGCAGCAAGCCUUUGUGCGGAUGGGUGGAUCGCGGCAUGCUUGUCAUAUGAUGAUGCUGCGGUUGGACGACGAGCAGAUAGUCACGCAUGUGGUGCGGCUCCUCGCGGCCAGCGUGGAGAAUGCACCGCUGGCAGCAGAGGCACUCCAGAGAGACAACUUGGACAACGUGAAGCUCAUUAUGCGAUCCAUGGAGCGCCAUCUGGCCAGUCCUGAAGUCUCAGAAGCAGGAUGCCUGCUCAUCGGACACCUGUGCUCUGGGACUGCUGCCAAGACCGGCGACCUGAAGCCGGUGCGGGUAAAGGCCCACCGUGACUGCCAGAACUCUCUUUGCCGCGAGGGCGCGAUGGAAACAAUAGUUGACAUCCUAACGCUGCAAAUGAAGGAGGUGCGAACUUGUGCGAACAAGGCGCACAUGAUGAUGCAGGAGAAGUUGAAGGAGGCUGAGAUCAAGCGGCAGAGGCAGGAAGAGGUUGACCUGGGGCUGGUUCGAGAGCGCACGGCGGUCAAUACCUUCUCAAAGAUGGGUCUGAAGGACCGCAUCAUGAAGGUUCAGGCCAACAUUGAGCUGCGAACUGCUUGGCAAAAGCUGGUUGACAAGGAGGUGAUGGGUGGAAGAGUCAUGAAUGCCGCUUUGCAGGCGCUUCUUCUGCUCGUGGUCGGGAAUUCUGGCGCGUUGCGGCAGCUGUCCGGCAACUUCUUUGCGUACCACAUGAAUAAGUUGCUGGACAUGGGAGAAGAUUUCCUUGACGCAGCACUGGAAGCCAAGGAGCAAAAGGAGAUGAGGAGAGGCCAAAGAAAGAGCGUGGAGGAGGAGGACGAGGAUGAGCAAGAAGACGGCAAGAAGGGCCCAAGGAUGCGGAUGAAGCUGGGAAAAGUCGAGGUUCCACAGGGCCCGGAACGUCAGGCCAUGGGCUCGCUGGAGUCCUUGUCUCUCAAGUGCCAGGUCCUUGUGGAUGUCCUGCGCGGGCAUGCUGCAAAGGAUCGACCUGCCAUCGUCAUCAAAGCCUGUCGCCUGUUCUUGCUGAUCUAUGAGCACCACAAAGCCCUGGUGCAAAAGGCCAACGACCAGGGCAGAAAUCGUUGUCGCCAUGUGGAGUUGAAGCUGCGGAACACUAUCGUGGAGGAAGACCGCCAGUUCAACGAGGUCUUCCGCCAUUUGACCAGCAUGAAGACGGCCCUCAUUAGCACCCUGCGGACGCACAACGAGAACUCUGCAGUCAUCACCGCAGUCUUCUCGGUCCUUUCGAAGCUGAGGGAGCUGGCUCUGCUCUCUGCGCCUGCCGGCAUGCCCGUGGCUGGAACUGCCGUCGAGAAGCACUGGCAGGCGGCGCUGGUGGAGGCAGGGGGUGAGGACACGGAGUUCGUCAUCCGCCAGGCCGCAACACGGCUGGGACGAGCCUUGGAAGAGACCCGGAAAGGGGACCACCGGAUCGAGAAUCAGGGCGUGCAGCCUCAGGACCUCCAGGGCAAUGGAGAGUGGCUCACCCCACGUCUCCGUGAAGAGGUGCACCACAUGAUCCAAGUGGCAGAGGGCCUGGGCGCAGAUGCCUUCAAGGCUCGUUGGGCCGAUGCUGAGGAGCCUGGUCGGUGGAACACCAUCUACCGCAAGCAGCAACAGCUGGCCGCCCAGGCAAAGUACAGGGAAGAUAGGGCGAAGGCCAAGGAGUUGGGCAUCACCUACGAAGAGUUCCACCGCCGGGAACUUGAGGAGAUUGCUCGAAGAGAAGCAGAAGAAGACUCGAGCAGCAGCAGCGGCAUGUCCGGCUUCACUAAAGAGGGUGAAGACGUUGGUGAGGUGGCUGUGGAAGAAGAAGAGCUGAACUUCGAGGAGGAGGAUGUCUUCGGCCUGCAGCAGUGGGUCCGUGCCAUUGGCUUUGGGCAGCAUGACGAGGAGGAUUUCGACCGCGUUUGGCGAAAACCAAUUACUGAUGCCUUGAUGCGAGCUCUGCCAGCCCCUGCUCCUCCGGGCAGUGUCUGGGCCAUCGAGGCGGCACAGCGUCGGCGGGAGAUCAUUGAGCAGGCAGAGAAGAGCGGGGAGCCUUUGGAGGACCCCGACAUGGACGAGUUGCUGCAGAUCGAGAUGCUGGAGUCCAUGCAGGGCAAGCUGAAGAUACGGGCUUUGGUGCGUGCCCAAGACCAGAUUCAGACCAACAUCAUCGAGGGCAGGGAUGCGAAAGGCAAUGAGCUCCUCGAUCCAGCGGAAACCUCCAAAGCCAUCAUUCACGAAGUUUCGAAGGGCUUCAAGAAGCAGGGAUACAUGAUCCCAAAGUAUGGCUUCUCAGUCCGACUGCAAAAGCGUGCAAUGUCGAUGACGCAGCUGGCGCAAGAGGCUGCCGCACAGAAGUGA